AUGGGAGCAAUUAUGGCCGAAGCGAAUUUUUCACCUGUUGCUGAUGUGAUGUCGUACACAGAAGGAGCUCGAGUGAUCUCCGUCAGCAGGCAUACGUCAUUUCAGCCAGAUCUCGCUCCAGAAUCGAUCAUCGGUGAAAUCCCGGAACUUCCAAGUGGUCACUUACUGCGUGUGGAUCUGUUGUCAAACUGGGGUGACGCUACUUAUGUCGGCUUAAAUGCUAUCGAAAUUUUCACGGAUAGCGGAAAGCGGUCAGAAGUGGCCAAGAUCUCUUCAAAUGCAAGCCGAUCUGUGGGUAGUGUGGAGUCGAUCUUCGUCGAGUCUUUCGCAUGUACGGAUCAGGGGAAGAUGUGGAGGGCCGAGAUGGGACCCGAUCGUUGUGUCAGCAUUGAGAUUGAGUUCGUUCAGCUCACCCGGAUUGCCAUGAUCCGUUUCUGGGUGGGUUUGACUCGGAUAGAGCCCUUGGCACAUUGA